UGGUUAAAUGUCACAAAUUCUAACCUAACUAAAACUAUUGAUAUUCGUAAAUUAACGUAAACAAAGUGAUAAUCUUUGAAUUCCGAGGAAAUGACCUCACUUCGAGUCUAUUCGUCCCUGUCAUUUUCAUUUAGAACAAAUAAUUCUAGUUUUGUUAUUGGAAAUCACUAAAUUGUUCAAAUGGAACGCAAGAGUGAUUUAGGGGAGCCCUCGUUGAAAAACAGACGCAAAUGUUCCCCCCAAAUUAAUGAAAAUUCGUGCCAGAUUAUGGUGGUUGAUAACUCCCAAACUGUUUUAAACAUUUUACGAAACUUGUAUGUGGAGAGACAGAUGUGUGAUGUGGCUUUACGAGUUGGAAAUAGGGAGCACUAUGCUCAUCGACUCAUACUCUGCGCUUUCAGUGACGUUUUCCAGGCAAUGCUCAUGAAGCCUGAAUGGUGUGAAUGGCACGAGAGUAAGGUCGAGCUUCAGGAAUUACUCCCAGAAUGCGAAAAAGUGUUCCAUUUAUUCUUAGAAUAUUUUUAUACUGGAAAAAUCCUAAUCACACAUACUAACGUAAUGCCAAUCUUAGCUCUAGCUGAUAAAUAUAUCGUGAAGGGAUUAUCGCGACUCUGCGUUGACUACAUGUGCAAACAUGUCCCACACGCCGCCUCCCAUAACCAGUUAUUUCUAUGGUUGCAAUACUCAAUUCCUUGUGGUCACGACGAAGUCGCAGAAAAAUGCCGAAAUUACAUCAAGUGGAACUUGGAAUCAAUCGCAAACACGCCCGAUUUUAGUAACAUUGACGCAGAAAUGCUUAUUCAUCUUUUACAAGAAAACGACGUUAUUGUUUACAAUGAAAUGUUCCUUUACAAUUGCGUGGUGCGAUGGUUGGAUUUGCAAAAAAUCAAGUUGUACAAUUCAGAAAUAAGCGCGAGCGAAAGAGAAAAUUAUAUGUCCGAAUUGGUGAAAAACGUGAUGAUUUAUAUAAGGUUUCCGAUGAUGACACCACGAGAACUCGCCGAUUUGCUCCUCUCGCCUUUGAUAAAACAACACAAGGAGUUUUUCGUUGACAGAAUGGCCAUUGGAAUGACCUAUCAUUCCGGUCAAGUGGAACAAAUCGAAAAAAUCUGCCAAACACAAGAGGGGAAAUUGCUCUUCAGUCCGCGAUUGUACACUUCAGAUACAUACAGUGCAGUUUUGCUAAUCGAAAAUUUUAACAGUCUGCCCAGUUACCACACGAGUACUUUUGUUUUUUCGUCACAUAUGUCAGCCGCCGAUUGCGAAUCGGAUAAAAUCAAUGAUUGGGUCGUCGAUUUGUAUCCCAAAGGAGUUUGGUUUAAAAAAUGCUACUUGAUUGUAUGGCAAGGCACUUUGGAAGUUCCCGAAGAGAUUAUUUCAACAGUUAGAUUGUCGCUGGCUUGUCGCGAACUUUUACAAGCGAAAAUUAAAGUCAAAGUUGCUGUAUUAAUUUACGGCAUUCAAGGAGGCGUGGAACACGUGAUGGAAGUCAAAGAAAAAAUCCACCAUUUCACUAACGAGGACAAAGUUAUGAAUAUUGAUAAUUUGAUUCCGUUUUGUGAACUUAAUCCUAGUAUAUCAAAUAAUAGUCACGACAGUCCCUACUUGACGGGACCUAAUAGAAAUCAGCUCAAACUAAAUAUAGUCAUUACUUCAUUAACUUGAAUGCCAAAUUUAUUUUGGUACGAUUUUUUUAUUUUUUGCAGAAUCUAAUAUAUUUUGUUCUAUAAAAAAGUGUCUUAUUUCUCCU